AUGUUGGGCUUCCGGAACGGCUUCUCGACACAAGACGCGUUCCUCCUGCUGCAGGAAGAGGUACUCAAAGGCGUACCCAUGGGUGGGGAGCCUCUAUUGCGCCUGUUUCACAUGAUAAAGGAAGCUGCAGAGGAAGCCAAAUCAAAGGGUGACGACAAUCAGAAUUGCACCAUCCUCCAGCACCUCUACAAUCUGCAGAAAAUGGAAUUCAAGGAAAUUUUUACUUUUCUCCACGACUUUCUUGUUGGCGGAACUGAUACGACGUCUGGUGCUGCCACCUACACGUUAUAUUGCUUAGCUAUGAACCCAGCAGCCCAAGAGAAAGCACGACAGGAAGUUCUCGCUGCAAUGAAGGACAGUUCUGGGACAUUCUCUGGAGAUAUUAUUCAUCACUUAGACUACGUCAAAGCCUGCAUAAAAGAGGCACUCCGAUUUCACCCCAUCAUACCAGGAGUGAACAGGAAAAUAAACCACGACGUCGUAAUGUCAGGUUACUGCAUACCGGCUAAUACUGUGUUACGAACAGAGCAUUUCGUAGCUGGAAGGCUGGAGGACAACUUCACUAGGGCUUCGGAAUUUCUACCCGAAAGGUGGCUGCGAUCGAGCGAUGAACAUUCAUCCAAUAAGAAUGACGGUACAUGGAACCUGCACCCAUUCGCCUCUCUCCCAUUCAGCAUUGGACCAAGAAUGUGCAUUGGCAGAAGAGUCGCUGAAAUGGAGUUGUGCAUUCUCCUGGCCAAGGUGCUGCACAGGUACCGCGUGGAGAACCAUCACGGCGAAAUCGGUUUUCUUACACAAUUCACCAGUAGGCCUGAAAAGCCAGCAAAGUUUCGGUUUGUGGAAGUUAGCAACGUAAUUUAACAAAUCUAAAAGCUAACAGAAGCCGUCGUUGCGGUUACGUCGUCAUUGUGAAGUUUGUAGCUUUCACCUGAAG